AUGGGACGCCUAACGACGGUGCUUUCCGCCGUCUUCCUGGCCAUCGGAGGUUUCCUCUUUGGCUAUGACUCGGGUAUCAUCACCUCGACCAUCGCCUUGGAGACGUUUGAAGCGUAUUUCCACAACCCAUCGGAUUCCGUCGCAGGCGGCAUAGUCUCAGCCUUUCAGGGCGGCGCCAUUCUCGGCACCAUUAUCAACAUGCUCUUUGCUAACAAGAUCGGCCGGCGCAACACCAUCUUUGUCGGGUCCGUCAUCUCAUGCCUCGGCUCUGCCCUUCAGGCUGGCUCCGUCAACAUGGUCAUGCUGAUCUUCGGCCGCUUCAUCGGUGGUACCGCCGUCGGCAUGGUGACCUCGACGAUUCCCAUGUACGCCUCUGAAUUGUCGGAAGCCAAGUACCGUGGUAUCUUGUCCGGAUUGCUACAGUGGAUGUUGAGUUGGGGAUUCCUGAUCGCCCAGUGGCUGGGAUACGGAUGCUCCUUUGUCAAGACCGACUUUUCUUGGCGCUUUCCUCUCGCUUUCCAGGCCAUACCUGGUCUCAUUCUCGUCACUGGCGUCUACUUCCUCCAAGAGUCCCCCCGAUGGCUGAUGGAGCGAGACCGACUUGAGGAUGCCCGUCGAUCACUUGGCAAACUCCGAAGCGGCUUGGACCAAGAAACCAUCGAUCUCGAGUUCCGGGAGAUUCGCGAUGUCAUCUUGGCUGAUCGCGCCCUCGGCAACAUAUCCUGGAAAUCCAUCAUCACAAAGCCGUCAUGGCGCAAGCGUCUUCUGUUGGGCUGCGGCGUGCAGGCUUUCGGCCCCCUAUCAGGCAUUAACGUGAUCAACUACUAUGGCCCGCGUAUUUACAAAAUCCUCGGCAUCGACACCCAGACCUCUUUGAUGAUUAUCGGCAUCAGUGGUGCUUUGUCAAUCGUCUACUGCAGCAUCGGACUGUGGCUCCUGGACCGGGUCGGCAGAGUGAAGCCACUCAUCGUCUCCGCAGCCGGUCUCGGUGCCGCCCUCCUCGUCAACGCGGUACAGGCCCAGUAUCUCAACGAGCACAACGCGGCCCAGCUGCGCAGCAUGGUGGCCAUGAACUUCGUCUUCAGUCUCUUCUACACCCCGCUCGGCAUCAUCAGCUGGGUGUACCCUGCCGAGAUCUUCCCCGUCGAGGUCAGAGCGCUCGGCAACGCCAUCACCACAUUCACAAACUGGACCGUCAACCUCGUCUUCGCCCAGAUCUCCCCGGAGGCGUUGACUUCCAUUGGGUUCCGCUACUUUUACGUCUUUUUCGUUUUCAACCUGAUUGCCAUGCUGUCCUACAUUUUCUUCUUCCCAGAGACCAAGGGAAGAACGCUUGAGCAGAUGGAUGAGCUCUUCGGGGACCAGCUGGUGCCUCAUGCCAUGCAGGACUCUGUCGGGGCUGCUGCUGCUGUCACCAAGGAUGAGAAGAUAGUGGAGCAAAUUGACCGCGUUCAAGUCUGA